AUGUUACCCCUUCACCAAACGGCAACCGCUCGUGUCGAUUUCGGAACCCUCAAGACGGUCAUUGCUGUCGCCCGCAACCGUGGCGUUGACGUUAUUUGCAAUGAGGUCUCCAACCGUGCCACCCCUUCCCUCGUCGGCUUCGGCCCCAAGUCGCGCUACCUCGGCGAGACUGCCAAGACGCAAGAAAUGUCCAACCUCAAGAAUACUGUCGGCUCCCUGAAGCGCCUCGCCGGCCGCAGCUUCAACGACCCCGAUACCCAGAUCGAGCAGACGCACAUCACCGCUCCCCUCGUCGACAUGAACGGCCAGGUCGGCGCCGAGGUCAACUACCUCGGAAAGAAGGAGAAGUUCACCAACACCCAGCUCAUCGGCAUGUACCUGAGCAAGAUCAAGCAGACCACCGCUGCCGAGAUUGCCGGCCUCAAGCUUCUCCGCCUCAUGAACGACACAACCGCUGCCGCUCUCGGCUGGGGUAUCACCAAGCUCGACCUCCCCGCGCCCGAGGAGGCCCCCCGCCGCGUCGCCUUCAUCGACAUUGGCCACAGCAACUACACCUGCUCCAUCAUCGAGUUCAAGAAGGGCGAGCUCGCCGUCAAGGCGACCACCUACGACCGCCACUUUGGCGGCCGCGACUUUGACAAGGCUAUUGUCGACCACCUGCAGAAGGAGUUCAAGGGCAAGUACGGCUGCGACAUCAACACCCACCCCAGGGCCUACGCUCGCACCGUUGCCGCUGCCGAGAAGUGCAAGAAGAUUCUGUCGGCGAACCAGCAGUCCCCUGUCAACGUCGAGUCCCUCAUGAACGACAUUGACGUGUCCGCUAUGAUCACACGUCAGGAGUUCGAGGCCAUGGUUGAGCCUCUUCUGGCCCGUGUCCACGUUCCUCUUGAGCAGGCCCUUGCCGACGCCAAGCUGACCAAGGAUGACAUUGACGUGAUUGAGAUCCUCGGCGGCGGUUCCCGUGUGCCCGCCCUCAAGGAGAGGAUCCAGGAAUUCUUCGGCAAGACCCUGUCCUUCACCCUCAACCAGGACGAGGCCGUCGCCCGUGGUUGCGCUUUCAGCUGCGCCAUUCUGUCCCCCGUCUUCCGUGUCCGUGACUUCACUGUCCAGGACAUCAUGAGCUACCCCGUCGAGUUCGCCUGGGAGAAGGCUGCCGACAUUCCUGACGAGGAGACGAGCCUGACAGUCUUCAACAGGGGCAACGUUCUGCCCUCGACCAAGAUCCUGACUUUCUACCGGAAACAGCCCUUCGAUCUCGAGGCCAGAUACGUCAAGCCCGAGCUGCUGCCCGGCAAGAUCAACCCAUGGAUCGGCCGCUUCUCCGUCAAGGGCGUCCAGGCCGACGGCAAGGACGACUUUAUGAUCUGCAAGCUCAAGGCCCGUGUCAACAUUCACGGUGUCCUCAAUGUCGAGAGCGGCUACUACGUCGAGGACCAGGAGGUCGAGGAGGAGAUCAAGGAGGAGCCCAAGGAUGGCGAGAAGAAGGAUCCUGAUCUAACCAAGACUUUUUCCGAUAAGGCCAUGGAGACGGACAACAAAGAUGACGCGCCCAAGAAGACCCGCAAGGUCAAGAAGCAGGUCCGCAAGGGUGACCUCCCUAUUUCCACCGGCACCGCCUCGCUUCCCGAGUCCACCAAGAUUGCGCUCUUCGAGAAGGAGAACGCCAUGGUCAUGGAGGACAAGCUGGUGGCCGACACGGAGGAGAAGAAGAACGAGCUCGAGACGUACAUCUACGACCUCCGCAACAAGCUCGAUGACCAGUACGCCGAGCUUGCCACUGAGGAGGAGAAGACCAAGAUAAAGGAGAAGCUUGAGGCUAGCGAGGACUGGCUCUACGAUGAGGGCGACGACACGACCAAGGCCGUGUACAUUGCCAAGAUUGACGAGCUCCGCGCCAUGGCCGGACCCAUCAUGCAGCGCCACUUCGAGAAGGUUGAGGCUGAGCGCCAGGCCGUCCAGGCCAAGAUUGAUGCCGAGAAGGAGGCCAAGCGUGCUGCCGAAGAGGAGGCUCGCAAGGCCGAGAAGGCCGCCAACGGCGGCAAGGACGAGGAGAUGACCGACGCUGCGGGCGAGGCGAAACCCGAUGUCGACGAGACUGGCGAGGCCUCCAAGUAA